ACCUAUACCUGAUGAUUUUCAAUCCAUAGCUCAUUUUCUUUAAUAUGUGACAAGCCUUGCAAAUUGUGAUAAUAUGUAUCAAAUUAGUGGUCCGCAUAACCCAAUAUUUGAAAAUUAUGGAGGUGCAGGCCCAAGUACUUCGAAUCAUCAACAAGAAAUCCAAGAAAGAACAGCGAAGGAAAAACGUGACAAGAAAAGUGUUUUCUCGACUCGAGAUGUUAGAAGGUGCUAAAUCAAUAGGUGUCGGAGCUGCUACAAUUGCUUUAGCCGGAGCUACUGUCGGUAUUGGAAAUGUCCUCAGUUCUUUGAUUCAUUCCGUGGCGCGAAAUCCAUCAUUGGCUAAACAAUCAUUUGGUUAUGCCAUUUUGGGCUUUGCUCUCACUGAAGCUAUUGCAUUGUUUGCCCCAAUGAUGGCCUUUCUGAUCUCAUUCGUUUUCCGAUCGCAUAAAAAGUCAUGAGAUCAAAAAAGAAAUGUGAGAAUGUAGUUACAGAUGUAAAAAAAGUCAAUAUCUC